GCAAGCUUUCCCUGCUUUGUUUACGCUCAAAACUUCAAGUUGUUGGCGCGAUAGCCAACGUUCGAUCGAAUUCUGUCCUGUCGCCAAACAGUUUCAAGUGAGCGUUCAAAGUGGCAACAUCUCCGCCAUCAUGCAGCAGCAACCUUCACCGUCCCCGUGGGAACAGCUUCCGGCGGAACUGCUCGCGGAAAUCUUCUCCCACCUCAGCCCCGUCCAGCUGGAGCGGGUUCGACUCACGUGUCGCCGCUGGAACCACGUGGUUUGCGACACCCCGGCGCUGAUGGCGCAGUUCGAGCUUUGGUUUGACAGCUGGCCGGCGCCGUUUAGCGACGAUCACCACGAGCAAUCCAAGAUGGCGGCCAACGUGACGGGGCGGUACAGCGUGGCGCACGUGCAGUUGGGAUUAGGAGGUCCGCUUUGGGAUAAAAUUGGUGAAACUAUUCAGAUUCUGACGGUGUUUAUUGGGAAUAGGGUCGACCCACUAAUCGAUCUGUUGCGGAUGACACCGAAUUUGAGGUGCCUCACAAUAAGAGAUGGAUUUAGUGAUUUUAUCGAUUUAGAAUCACCGGACGAUGUAACUGGUACGGUUGAUUUCAAACUAGAACAGUUGAGAGAGCUCGACUUUCGAGGAGAAUUUGUCAACCUCUUCUGCCAGAUAUGCCCAAAUCUUCAAGUUUUGAACCAACGAUUGAAUCCAGAACCGUAUGAAACAAAUGUUAUGCCACUGAUUCGAGCAACUCAUGCUACUUUACAAAAACUUUCUUUGGAUAAUACGUACUUGAGUCCGGAUAAUUUUCGGGAAAUUUGCUCGCUUGAUCGACUACACCUCGUGGAAUUGUCGUUGGCAUCGAAUUGGCAAGAUCCGUGGAUGAAACAGGAAAGCUGUAUGUCGCUGAUCAGCAAGCAGCCAUCGCUCGAGAUUCUCAGGUUGGAACCAAUGGAAAAGGGUGGUGAUCGCGGUCCACAGAUAUGGUCCAACAUCAAAGAAAAUCUUCCAAAUCUAAAAACUUUGUUUCUUGACAUCGAUGCGAGCAUCGAUGCGUCUCACGGAGCUGCAUUACCGACCUUUCUAAGUCACAUGCCGCAGUUGGAAUGCUUGGGAAUACGAUUUAGCGGAGGUUUCGAUUGCUGUUUGGGCACCAUCAGCAAUUCCAAUCUCAAAAGCUUAAAACUCGAAGGGGUUUACCUUAAUCCCGAUGAUUUGUCGGCAUUUUUUGCUAAGACACCCAACAUUCGGCAUUUGACGUUGAACCAAGUCUCAGACGAUGAGUUGCGCCAAAUAUCUUGUCUGAAACAGCUGGAAAGACUAGAGAUUGGUUGUUGUGAGAUAUUUCAACCUGAUUACGUGAUGACCUCUGUGAAAACCCUUAAAUGCUUUUACGACCAAGAAAUCUCAGUAGAGGACAUCGUGACCGUAUUCCCCAAUGUCCAACAUUUGACAGUCACUGGUCAGACAACCGACGACGUCGUCCUGGUCCUGGUCCGGGAGCUGAAGCGGCUCAAGCAGCUCAACCUGCCGGCUUGUUGGGCCAUGACGGCGGUUGCCCUCGAUCACAUCAUCGAGCACGGACGCACCCUGGAGCGGCUGAAGAUUCAGUUGGAAAACAAAGACAUUCUUCCGGAGAAACUGGCCCAAUUAAGGGAAACGGUUCGGGUCCGGAUGUAUGACGUGCCCUAUCAAGAUUUCGAUUGUGAUAUGUUGUCCACGGGCUCGGUAGAUUCGGAAGAGUUGGAAUAAAAUGCAAAACUUUCAAUGAUAA